UCUAUUUUGUCAUAGUACAUACUUGUCAAAACAAUCAUCAACACUCGAAUGUCCGAAAAGAAAAUCAAGAAUCUGUCCCAAAAAUUCGAAAUUAGCUCACGCAGCUCUCAAAAAUUUCCAAAAUCAUCCUCCGGCAGAGACUUCAGCCAAAAAUCUUUGGACCGUGAACGUAACGAUCCGUCUCCAGCAUCUACCGCUGAACUUCCAUCACGCGCAGAUCCGCUUUCGCGCUACAAAGUAGCUCCUUUGCCGGACGCCUUCCCGAAGCUGAACGACGUUAAACUCCCCUUCGUGAGAGACGUAGGCGUCAAAGUUGCGAUAGAGAAGCUCUCCGACAUCCUGGGGUGCAGGGACUAUAAGCUGAAUGCGAUUCAGUUUUGGUUUCUCGACAUAAUCGCCGACUGUCUAUGGAGGGCGCAAGAUGAAUUCCAAUUUCCGGACCUCCAGCAGAAAAUAAUAUUGGAGUGGGUGCUGUAUACUUUCAAUCUGGUGAGAGACGAACGUCUUGACCUUUCCCGAAAGACCGUUUUCAAAAUCAUCCGCGAAGCCUUUUCUAUUGCCGAAGAUCAUAUCGAGACAGGAGUGCCUUCACUACCUUUACCUACCGAACUUUUUUCAUUGGAUUUGAAAGAACGCUUGAGUCUAACGAAAAAAGACAAUGUCUCUUCAUCUGAUUCUUUAGGCUCGAGCGAUUCUUCGGAAGCAGGAAGCUUCAUCGCUAUAACAUUUCCAGAAGAGACGAAGUUGUUCAAGCUUCCGAAGAAACCAUGCCCUUGGAUCAGUGAUGAAGAAUGUUUGAGCAGUUCCAUAGAAACGCCAUCGGAGGAUGAGAAACCGUCGCCCGUGGAUCUUGAAUCCGAAGAAGUGGCCGUUGAGGAAGAAGUGAGGGAAUCCAUUAUGGGUGAAGAAUUUGAUUUUUACAAACCCGAUAUGAGGACACCACCACGUUUCCGACCUUCCGUGGAGUCUCUUUACGAAACCUCAAGCACUUCGUCGGAAAUCAUUGCGGAGAGUUCAGAAGACGAAUCAGGAGAUGCAACUUGGAUUCUGUCGAGCUCAAAACUUCCCAGAGUCCCAUGUCCUAGCAAAAUCUUCGAUAUCGAACACAAAUCUGCGGCCCGAAUGGAGAAACAAAAAGAAGAAGAAGUGCUUCAAGCGUUAUUCGACUAUCAUUUGUGGCAACUCAGGAAACAAGACAUGGCGGAUCCCAGAAAAGGAACGACAUUUUCCCCGGAUGCUGCCAGUAGUCGAAGUUUCGAUGGCGGAGAUGCUGAAGAUAAAAACGACAAGGUUAGGGAAAUGUUUCGGAAGUAUUUGAAGGAGCAGGAUAAGGAUUCGAGAGGAUUGAGGGAGAAUAUCUUCAUCAACACCUGUGUGCUACUGGCUAUUAAGCAAUUUAUUUUUGAUUAUUUCUACGAUACGUUCCACUUUUUUCUUCUAAAAACUGCCUUUCGGAAUCGUCAUAACCUGAUAACACAAGAAGUAAACAAAGAGUGGUAUAUUCCAAAACGCUUCAAAGGCGAAUUAAAGAAGCCAUUACCACAAAAGGUCAAGAAACCAAAGUUACCAAAACCGCAAAAACCAAAGAAAGAAAAGCAGCCCCCCAAAAAAGAGAAGAAACCCAAAGAAGAAAAGAAAAGCAAGGCGUCAAAGUCCACUAAAAAGUCUACGAAAUCCAAGACUACUGAUGAAAGUAAGAAAUCCAAGGCCACUGACAAAAGCAAGACAUCCAAGUCCACUGACAAAAGCAAGGCUUCCAAGUCCACUGAUAAAAGCAAAAAAUCAAAAACACCCAAAAAGGAUGAAAGAGAAAAGGGAAAGAAAGUCCAGAUGGCACAAACAGCUCCUAUGAGCAAGGAAGAAAAAGAAGAGUUGGCCCGCAUUGAGAGAGAAUUGAAGAUACAGGAAGAAGAGGGGAAAAAAGCAAGGGAGAACAAACAGUUUAUGUUUCCUCUAACAGAUGCUGCCACUGACCGGUUUUUCCAAAGUAUAUUCGAAGAUUGGGUUCGACCAAAGGGCAAGGAAAAGAAGGAGAAAAAAACGAAAGAAGAGAAAAAACCAAAAGAAGGUAAAAGCGAGAAAUCAGCUGAAACUGAAGUCGACAAGAGUAAGAAAAAAGGAAAAGACAAAGUUCCCAAGAAAGGGAAAGAUAAAAAGAAAUAGUCGUGUAUGUGUCUGCCUCUUCACUUGUUGUAUGUGUUUGCAUAUUUCAUUAAACGUUCAGUCAACUUA